UUCGACACGGCCAGCUUCAUCGGCGGCAUCGUGCUGGUGCUGAGCGUCCAAGCCGUGGUCUUCUUCAUCAUCAAGUUCAUCAAGUCCAAGGACAGCACCUACCAAACGCUGUAAGGCUCCCGCUGCCCUCCGCCCCCAGGCCGCGGUGGUGGGUGGGGAGGGGGCUCCAGGGUGACGCUGACAUGUGCCUGGGCCAAAAUCCAUAAAUCAGGGUCAGCCCUGGCGCGUGGGGCUCUGUCUCCCGUCUCCACUGUGUCCUGUCUUGCAGCUGAGUGUGUCCCCUGUGGCUGUUUGUGCCAGUCCGUCCUCUCCCGCCGGAUUGGGGAGAUGGAGAGGCUCUUCCCCCCGCUUUCCAAGCGGAGGAUUAAACCCCUCUCCCUGUCGGUGUCUGGCCGGUCUCUGCCUCCUCGUCUGUGUCCUGCUGCCGGCCCCCGCCUCCAGCUGCCACGGGCUCCCUGCCCCCUCCCCAAAUCUGUCGCCCCGAGGCUGAGCCAAGCAGGGGCUGGUGCUGUUCGUGCCCGCUGUGCCCACGCGCCUCGUGGCCUUGCCGUGUCUAACGUCCGGGGGCCCUGCCCCAUCUCUCUUUCCUUGCACGCUGCCAGAGAGGACAACCAGUAGGUGCUGGGUGCCGGCGAGAGGACGGGGAAGGGGCUGCCCCCUGCGCCCCGAGAGCUGAACCCUUUCCUCGCCCCUCCUCAGCAGGGAACGGCUCGUCCCCUCUUUCCUGAUGUGCAUGAAGGGGGCUUUUCUGCUGGUUUGCUCUUUUCCUGGGAGUAGUUACCCUG